CUUCAUAGUCACCGUUUUUCUCUCUCUCUCUAUCUAUCUAUCAAAUCCCUCUAUACGCGAUCCUCUUCAAAACCCUAGUUUCGGAUCGCUCCGGACUUAAUUAUCCCCAGGAUCGUCAAUUCUUCUCCUUCUUCUUCUUCUCGUUCGUCUGCGUCAGCGAUCGCCAUCCGUCCAACUAUCUGGACCAGAUCACCGUUGGUAUAUUGAUUCGAUUCCUGCCGUGAUUACCAGUUCUCAAUCGGUGUAUUGGUCGAUUCUCUCCCGUGUUGAGAAUUGAUCAGCGCCCAGCCUUUAGUUUGCCUCAGGAGAUGCCCUGUCUCUAAUCAUGAAGCUCAGAAGGAGGAGGGCUUCGGAAGUGCCUCCCAAAAUCAAAUCUUUCAUCGAUAGUGUCACUGCUGUUCCACUCGAGCAUAUACAAGAACCCCUUGCAUGUUUUCGCUGGGAAUUCGACAAGGGUGACUUCCAUCACUGGGUGGACCUCUUCAACUAUUUUGACACAUAUUUUGAGAAGCACGUAAAAGGAAGGAAGGAUCUGAAUGUUGAGGAGAACAUUGACGAAACUUGUCCUGCUUUCCCAAAGGAGGCUGUUCUUCAAGUUCUACGAGUUAUCAGAAUUGUCUUAGAGAAUUGCACAAACAAACAUUUUUAUAGUUCUUAUGAGCAGCAUCUUUCUCUCCUGCUUGCAUCUACUGAUGCAGAUGUCGUUGAAGCCUGUCUGCAGACGUUGGCUGCCUUUUUGAAGAGGCAAGUUGGAAAAUACUCCAUAAGAGAUGCUUCUCUGAAUUCUAAACUAUUUUCCCUUGCACAAGGCUGGGGGGGAAAAGACGAAGGUCUUGGCUUGACAUCAUGUUCCACAGAAGACAGUUGUGAUCAGGUCUCUCACCAGCUAGGUUGUACUCUUCAUUUUGAGUUUUAUGCUUCUGAUGAAUCUUCAAGUGAGCUUCCUGGCGGUUUACAAGUUAUCCAUGUACCUAAUGUCAGCAUGCGUGCAGAGUCUGACCUUGAACUUCUGAACAAAUUAGUCAUUGAUCAUAAUGUUCCUCCCAGUUUAAGAUUCGCGUUGCUGACCAGAUUGAGAUUUGCAAGGGCGUUUUCAUCUUUGUCAACCCGGCAGCAGUAUACAUGCAUUCGCUUAUAUGCUUUCAUUGUUUUGGUUCAAGCAAGUGGUGACACCGAGAAUGUUGUUUCUUUCUUUAAUGGAGAGCCUGAGUUUGUAAACGAGUUAAUUACACUGGUAAGCUAUGAGGAGACUGUUCCAGAGAAAAUAAGGAUACUAUGCUUGCUUUCCUUGGUUGCACUAUCGCAAGAUCGAACUCGGCAGCCGACUGUGUUAACUGCAGUCACCUCCGGCGCGCAUCGUGGUUUGCUAUCUGGCCUUAUGCAGAAAGCUAUUGAUUCUGUUAUCUGUAAUACUUCUAAGCGGUCUCUGGCCUUUGCGGAAGCACUGUUAUCCCUCGUUACAGUCCUGGUUUCAUCAUCUUCAGGAUGUUCAGCCAUGCGAGAAGCUGGUCUUAUUCCAACCCUAGUGCCUCUCAUCAAAGAUACAGAUCCCCAGCACUUGCAUUUGGUCAGUACCGCUGUGCAUAUAUUAGAAGUCUUCAUGGAUUACAGCAACCCAGCUGCUGCUUUGUUCAGAGAUUUGGGUGGCUUAGAUGAUACUAUCUUUCGGUUGAAACUGGAAGUCUCUCGUACCGAAGACGAUGUUAAAGAAAAUAAUUGCAGUUCAGAUAAUAAUGGGAGGGAUUCACAUGUUCUCGGUGGUUCUCUUAAUCGUCCUGAUAUUGAACCGCUUCCCUAUUCUGAAGCAUUAAUUUCGUACCACAGGAGAUUGUUGUUAAAAGCCUUGUUACGUGCAAUAUCUCUUGGAACUUAUGCUCCUGGGAACACUAACCUUUAUGGUUCCGAGGAGAGCUUGCUGCCUGAAUGCUUAUGCAUUAUCUUCCGUAGAGCAAAAUAUUUCGGUGGUGGAAUAUUCUCGCUUGCUGCCACCGUCAUGAGUGAUCUCAUUCAUAAAGAUCCCACUUGUUUCAAUGCUUUAGACUCGGCUGGUUUGACAUCUGCCUUUCUUGAUGCUAUAUCUGAUGAGCUCGUCUGCUCUGCAGAAGCUAUAACAUGCAUUCCACAGUGUCUGGAUGCUCUGUGUCUCAACAACAGCGGUCUUCAAGCUGUAAAGGACCGAAAUGCGUUGAGGUGUUUUGUUAAAAUAUUUACUUCUUCGUCUUAUCUACGGGCUCUUACUGGCGAUACACCUGGUUCUUUGUCAAGUGGGCUUGAUGAACUCUUAAGACAUCAAUCUUCGUUGCGCUCUUAUGGAGUUGAUAUGUUCAUUGAAAUCCUGAAUUCCAUGUUGAUUAUUGGAUCUGGGAUGGAGGCCACCAAUUCUAUGUCAGCAGAUGUGCCUACUGAUGCUGCUCCCGUUCCUAUGGAAAUUGAUGCGGAUGAGAAGAGCUUGGCCGUUUCAGAUGAGGCAGAACCGUCUUCUGAUACUUCUCCAGCAGACAUUGAGUUGUUUCUUCCAGAUUGUGUGUCUAAUGUUGCUCGUCUCCUUGAAACAGUUCUUCAGAAUGCAGAAAACUUCUCCCCUCAGCAUUCGGCUGGUCUAGCUCGGAUAGUGUGCUCCUACUUAAGAGAACAUCUGAAGAGCACAAAUGAGCUUUUAGUUACCAUUAAAGGCACGCAGCUUCUGAAAUUAGAUUCUGCUGUCCAGAUAAAGAUUUUGAGAUCUCUUUCCUGCCUAGAAGGCAUGUUGUCCCUCUCCAACUUUCUGUUGAAAGGAACAGCUUCAGUUAUCUCGGAAUUGAGUGCUGCCGAUGCCGAUGUACUAAAAGAACUUGGUCUAACUUACAAGCAAAUGAUUUGGCAGAUGGCUUUGUGUAGUGAUACCAAGGAAGAUGAAAAAACCAGUGUUGAUCAAGGACCUGAUAAUUCAGUUUCAGCAUCAUCUAGUACUGUUGAAAGAGAGAGUGAUGAGGAUUCAAGCAAUGCUUCAGCACUUAGAUACACAAACCCUGUAACCAUUAGAAGCAGUAGCUCACAGUCUAUUUGGCGUGGGGAUCGUGAAUUUCUGUCUGUUGUGCGUUCUGGCGAAGGUAUUCAUGGUCGUACACGACAUGCAAUAGUCCGAAUGAGGGGUGGGAGGACUCGUCGACACCUGGAGUCUUUUAAUUUCGAUUAUGAGAUUCCACAUGAUCUACCAGAAACGUCAACUUCCCAUGAGCUGAAGAAGAAGAGCACUGAAGUUCUUAUUGUUGAAAUUUUAAACAAGCUGAAUUGUACACUACGUUUGUUUUUCACAGCCCUUGUGAAAGGAUUCACCUCUGCUAAUCGUCGCAGAAUUGAUGGAGCACCAUUGAGUUCAGCAUCUAAGACGCUUGGUACUGGCCUAGCUAAAGUAUUUCUUGAAGCUCUUAAUUUCCAGGGGUAUGGUGCUUCUACUGGGCAUGAUAUCUCUCUGUCAGUAAAGUGCCGGUACCUUGGAAAAGUGGUAGAUGACAUCGCUACUCUGACAUUUGAUACUCGAAGGAGGGUCUGUUUUACAGCUAUGGUGAAUAGUUUUUAUGUCCAUGGAACAUUUAAGGAACUUCUCACCACAUUUGAAGCUACAAGCCAGUUGCUUUGGACAGUACCGUUUUCUAUUCCUGCAUCUGGUACUGAGAAUGAGAAGCCAGGUGAAAGGAACAUAUGGUCUCGCAGUACGUGGCUGGUAGAUACGCUGCAAAACUAUUGCCGAGCACUGGACUAUUUUGUUAACUAUGAAUUUCUAUUAUCUGAAGCCCCCACUUCUCAAACGCAGCUUCUUGUCCAGCAAGCGUCAAUUGGUUUGUCGAUCGGACUUUUUCCCGUACCCAGAGACCCUGAGACUUUUUUGCGAAAUCUCCAGUCUCAGGUUCUGGAUGUCAUACUACCUAUAUGGAACCACCCUAUGUUUCCUGGUUGCAAUCCUAAUUUUGUGGCUUCAGUUACCUCCCUUGUUACACAUAUAUACUCUGGUGUUGUGAAUCCUAGGCAAAAUCGAAGUGGUGUUACCCAGGGUACAAACCAACGAGCCUUGCCUCUACAACCCGACGAAGCCAUUGUUGGUAUGAUUGUGGAAAUGGGAUUUUCAAGGUCGAGGGCGGAAGACGCGUUACGAAGAGUUGGAACAAACAGUGUUGAAAUGGCUAUGGAGUGGUUGGUUAGCCAUCCUGAGGAUCAUGUGCAGGAAGAUGACGAGCUGGCGCAAGCACUUGCACUAUCUCUUGGAAAUGCAUCUGAUACUGCAAAACUUGACGAUACAGAAAAGCCUGUAGAUGUUCCGGAGGAAGAAGCAGAUCCAAAAGAACCAUCUGUUGAUGAAGUUAUUGCUGCAUCAGUGAAAUUAUUUCAGAGUGAUGACUCUAUGGCUUUCCCACUGAUGGAUUUGUUUGUGACGCUCUGUAGCCGAAACAAAGGGGAAGAUCGGCCAAAAAUCGUGUCGUAUCUUAUUCAGCAACUGAAGCUAGUACAACUUGACUUCUCCAAGGAUACUGGUGCUUUGACUAUGAUACCUCACAUUCUAGCAUUACUUCUGUCAGAGGAUGAUAACACACGAGAAAUUGCUGCACAGGAUGGUGUUGCGACCGUAGCAAUUGAUAUCUUGAUGGAUUUCAAGCUUAAGAGUGAAUCUGAAAAUGAGAUUCUGGCUCCAAAAUGCAUCAGUGCUCUGCUUCUAAUCUUAAGUAUGUUGCUACAGGCACAGACUAGAAUCUCGUCUGAAUUAGUGGAAGGAAAUCAAGGUGGAUCUUUGGAGCCGCGCGAUUAUCCACAAGACUCAGCAGCAGCUUUAAAGAAAGCGUUAUCUUCAGAUGUUGCUAAAGGGGAUUCAAACACGGCUUUGGAAUCGAUGUUUGGAAAAUCUACAGGCUAUCUGACCAUGGAAGAGGGUCAAAAGGCUCUACUAAUCGCAUGUGGACUCAUAAAGCAGUGUGUACCAGCAAUGAUUAUGCAGGCUGUUCUUCAGUUAUGUGCUCGUCUAACGAAAACGCAUGCUCUAGCUAUCCAGUUUCUGGAAAAUGGAGGGUUAUCUUCACUCUUUAAUCUUCCGAAAAAAUGUUUUUUCCCUGGGUAUGAUACUGUUGCAUCUGUUAUUGUACGGCAUCUCGUUGAAGAUCCACAGACUCUCCAAAUUGCUAUGGAAUCAGAAAUACGACAGACUUUGAGUGGGAAAAGACACAUAGGUAGGGUAUUACCUCGGACAUUCCUGACAUCAGUGGCCCCUGUAAUAUCAAGAGAUCCUGUGGUUUUUAUGAAAGCUGUGGCUUCCACUUGUCAGCUGGAGUCAUCAGGAGGAAGGGACUUUGUGAUACUGUCAAAGGAAAAAGAAAAGCAGAAAGUUUCUGGCAGUGAACACGGAUUUUCUUUGAAUGAACCCCUUGGAAUAUCCGAAAAUAAGCUUCAUGAUGGGUCAGGAAAAUGUUCAAAGAGCCACAGAAGAGUCCCUGCUAACUUCAUCCAAGUUAUUGAUCAGCUUAUUGAUAUUGUCUUGAGUUUUCCUAGGGUGGAGAGGCAGGAAGAUGGUGAAACGAUUCAGUCUCGAUGGAGGGUAACAUUUAUUUUGAAGUUGUUGAGUGAUAUUGUUAUUAUGUACUUGCAUGGUACCAGUGUCAUACUUAGACGGGAUACAGAUAUAUCUCAGCUUCGGGGUUCCAAUUUACCUGAUGAUUCACCUGGCAAUGGAGGCUUAAUCUACCAUGUCAUUCACCGAUUACUUCCUAUAUCUCUUGAAAAGUUGGUUGGACCUGAAGAAUGGAAGGAGAAAUUGUCUGAAAAGGCUUCCUGGUUUCUGGUCGUUUUGUGCAGCCGUUCCAGUGAAGGGCGUAAAAGAAUAAUCAGCGAGGUUUCGAGGGUUUUAUCCGUGUUUGCUUCCUUGGGAAAGAGUUCUAGUAAAAGUGUUCUGUUACCCGAUAAAAGAGUUCUUGCUUUUGCUGACCUGGUUUAUUCGAUCUUGACGAAGAAUUUAUCUUCCAGCAACUUACCUGGUAGUGGUUGUUCACCUGAUGUUGCAAAGAGCAUGAUAGAUGGGGGAACUAUCCAGUGUCUGACCAGCAUCCUUCACGUGAUUGAUCUCGACCACCCUGAUGCUCCAAAGCUUGUCACUCUUAUCCUUAAGUCUCUCGAGACACUGACAAGGGCUGCCAAUGCUGCCGAGCAGCUAAAAUCAGAAGGACCUAACGAGAAAAAGAGCACAGAUUCUAAUGAGAGACGUGACAGUCUUGGAACUUCAGCUGAGGCUGAAGUUGGUGAAUUGAACCAAAAUAAUAGCAGUCUACAGCAAGUAACAGAUGCAGUAGAGAAUGGACAGGAGCAUCCUCAAGUUUCCUCCCGAAGCGAAGGUGAAAGGAGUUCGAGUCCUCAGGAGAUGAGCAUUGAAAGCAAUGAGACAAUACUGCCCGAACCUAUUCAGAUGGAUUUCAUAGGAGAAGAGAUUGAAGGUGAUCAAAUCGGAAUGAGUUUUCAUGUUGAAAAUAGGGCUGACGAUGAUGUAGAUGAUGACAUGGGAGACGAAGGGGAGGAUGAUGAAGGAGAUGAUGAGGAUGCAGAAUUCGUGGAUGAUGAAGGAGAUGAUGAGGAUGCAGAAUUCGUGGAAGAUGGAGCUGGUGUUAUGUCUCUUGCUGGAACCGAUGUGGAAGACCCUGAAGAUACUGGCCUUGGAGAUGAAUAUAAUGAUGACAUGAUUGACGAAGAUGAGGAUGAUUUCCACGAGAAUCGUGUAAUAGAGGUGCGGUGGAGGGAAGCUCUUGAUGGGCUGGAUCACUUUCAGAUUCUUGGGCGAUCUGGUGGUGGAAAUGGUUUUGUUGAUGAUAUUACAGCUGAGCCGUUUGAAGGAGUGAAUGUGAACGAUCUGUUUGCUCUGCGGAGACCCUUGGGCUUUGAGCGUAGACGUCAGACAGUCAGAUCUUCUGUUGAUCGAUCUGGUUCAGAAGUACACGGUUUUCAGCAUCCUCUCUUUUCCAGACCAUUGCAAACUGGCAAUACAGCCCCGGUUUCGGCAAGUACUAGCAGUAUACCCAGGCAUCCAGAAUCUGGCAGCUAUGAUGUAGCACAGUUUUACAUGUUUGAUACACCUGUUUUACCCUUUGAUCAAGUACCAGGUAAUCCUUUCAGUGAUCGUCUAGGAGGUGGUGGGGCACCUCCUCCUUUGACCGAUUAUUCUGUUGUGGGUAUGGAUUCAUCAAGAAGAGGGGUUGGUGAUAGUCGGUGGACUGAUAUAGGUCAUCCUCAACCAAGUAGCCAGUCUGCUUCAGUUGCCCAGUUGAUAGAAGAACAUUUUAUUUCCAACCUGCGCGCUUCUGCUCCAGCUGAUACUGUUGUCGAAAGAGAAACUAAUAGCACGGAAGUCCAAGAGCAGCAGCACCCCGAUGCUCAUCCUUCUGUUGAAAGCGAAACCGUUUUGGGGGAUGGUAACAAUGGUGGUCAACAAAGUGGAGACCAGGAACUGUUAAAUAACAAUGACAAUGUUAAUAACCCACCUGAUGUAACGGCUGGGAGUUUCUCUCAAGGUCAAGCUGAUCUAGCUUCUCCUGUCGUCCGAGAUGCAGGUGAAUGUCCACAGCAGCAUGGAGCUAUGCAGCCUCCUCCGUUGAACAGUACACCAAAUGAUAUUGACGGAAUGGAAGUUGGUGAAGGUGAUGGAGUACCUAUUGAGCAACCAGACCUCGGAGCCGUUCAUCUUGUCUCCACUGGUCAACCUGAUACUUCCAGUAUUCAAAAUAUGUCUGCUAGGGCGACAUCUCUUCCAAUAGAUGAUCCUGAUUCUAAUUUUCAGCCAAGUGUUGAUGUAGAUAUGAGUAGUGAUGGUGCUGAGGGAAAUCAAAGUGUGGAACCUUCACUUUUGGCCGGUGACAUCCAUGAGCCAUCAUCCAUGGAAGCUACACAAGAUGCGAGGAACAGUGAACAAGUUGCCGAAGGUAGCUUGGAAGGUGGGGCACCGGAAGCGAAUUCCAUUGAUCCUACAUUUUUGGAGGCGCUCCCUGAAGAUUUGCGGGCAGAAGUCCUUGCGUCUCAACAAGCGCAGUCCGUUCAGCCCCCUACUUAUGAACCACCUCCAGUAGACGGCAUUGAUCCUGAAUUUUUGGCAGCCCUUCCCCUCGAUAUCCAAACAGAAGUUCUUGCUCAACAAAGGGCACAAAGGAUGGUACAGCAGUCACAAGGACAGCCAGUGGACAUGGAUAACGCUUCAAUUAUUGCUACUCUACCUGCUGAUUUACGUGAAGAGGUUCUCCUAACUUCUUCAGAAGCAGUUUUAGCAGCUUUGCCUCCACCUUUGAUUGCGGAAGCGCAGAUGCUCAGAGACCGAGCAAUGAGUCACUAUCAAGCUCGUAGUCUUUUUGGAAGCAGCCAUCGGCUGAAUAAUCGAAGGAAUGGUGUGGGUUACAAUAGGCUGACUGGGAUGGACAGGGGGGUUGGAGUCACUAUUGGUCAGAGGGGUGUUUCAUCUUCUGCAGAUGGCUUGAAAAUGAAAGAGAUCGAAGGAGACCCUCUUGUGGAUGCUGAUGCCUUGAAAUCACUAAUUAGACUACUACGACUUGCACAACCGUUGGGGAAAGGACUUCUGCAGAGGCUUCUACUAAAUCUAUGUGCUCACAGUGUUACAAGGGCAAACUUGGUUCAACUUUUAUUGGAUAUGAUUAGGCCAGAGAUGGAAACAUCACCGAGUGAGUUGGCAAUGACUAAUCCGCAAAGACUUUAUGGCUGCCAAUCAAAUGUUGUUUAUGGACGAUCCCAGCUAUUGAAUGGUCUUCCUCCUCUGGUGUUCCGUCGGGUGCUUGAGGUUUUGACGUACUUGGCUACGAAUCAUUCGGCUGUUGCUGACAUGUUGUUUUACUUUGAUUCGUCACUUCUGUCCCAAUUGUCAAGCUCGAAACCCUCUGCAUGUGAAGGGAAGGGUAAGGAGAAAGUUGCUCAAGUGACAGACUCCCGGAAUCUGGAGAUACCUCUGGUUGUCUUCCUAAAACUGCUUAAUCGGCCUCAGCUUUUGCAAAGUACAUCGCAUCUAGCGCUGGUCAUGGGUUUACUGCAAGUAGUUGUCUACACAGCAGCAUCCCGAAUUGAGGGUUGGUCUCCGUCAUCCGGAGUACCUGAGAAAUCAGAAAAUAAACCAGUCGGCGAAGAAGCUUCAAGUGAAACACGAAAAGAUACUGAACCUGAGCUAGUGGAUGAAGCUGAGCUAUCUGUUGCAAGAAGGAAGAAUUGUGCUGAUAUAUAUAACAUAUUCUUGCAAUUGCCACAGUCCGAUCUACGAAAUCUUUGUAUUCUUCUUGGAUACGAAGGGUUGUCAGAUAAAAUUUACUCGUUAGCGGGAGAAGUACUAAAAAAGCUGGCUGCCGUAGAUGUGGCUCAUCGCAAGUUUUUCGCGAAAGAGCUCUCACAAUUGGCAAGUGGUUUGAGUGCCUCAACUGUCCGUGUACUGGCAACACUGAGCAAUACACAGAAGAUGAGCCACAGUACAGGUUCCAUGGCAGGUGCUUCAAUUCUCCGUGUUUUACAGGUGCUUAGCUCCCUAACUUCCCAUAUUGAUGAUGGCAAUGCGGGAACCGAAAGGGAAACAGAACAGGAGGAACAAAACAUUAUGCAGAGACUGAACGUGGCAUUAGAGCCCCUGUGGCAGGAACUUAGCCAGUGUAUCAGCAUGACUGAGCUGCAGCUGGAUCAUACUUCAGCGACAACAACCGUGUCAAACGUAAAUCCCGGAGAUCAUGUCCUAGGCGUCACUCCUCCGUCCCCUCUUUCUCCAGGAACUCAGAAAUUCCUACCUCUUAUUGAGGCUUUCUUUGUUCUCUCUGAGAAAAUUCAAACUCCGUCAAUAUUACAGCAGGAUCAUGCGAAUGUGACAGCGGGGGAAGUAAAGGAGUCUGCUCAUAGUUCAUCUUCAUCAUCUAAAACCAGUGUAGAUUCUCAGAAAAAAACUGAUGGCUCCGUUACAUUUGCAAAGUUUGCGGAGAAGCAUAGGCGACUUUUGAAUUCAUUCGUCAGGCAAAAUCCGAGUUUGCUGGAGAAGUCCCUUUCAAUGAUGCUCAAGGCACCGAGGCUGAUUGAUUUUGACAACAAGAAAGCUUACUUCAGGUCAAGGAUAAGGCACCAGCAUGAUCAUCACAUUUCUGGGCCAUUGCGUAUAAGUGUCCGCCGAGCUUAUGUGUUGGAAGAUUCGUACAACCAGUUACGUAUGCGCUCCCCACAGGAUCUGAAAGGACGCCUGAAUGUGCAGUUUCAAGGUGAGGAAGGUAUUGAUGCUGGUGGUCUUACAAGAGAAUGGUAUCAGUUAUUGUCAAGAGUUAUAUUUGACAAAGGAGCGUUGCUUUUCACUACCGUUGGAAAUGAUGCCACCUUCCAGCCGAAUCCCAAUUCUGUUUACCAAACUGAGCAUCUAUCAUACUUCAAAUUUGUUGGUCGCAUGGUAGCGAAGGCGUUGUUUGAUGGGCAGCUUUUGGAUGUUUAUUUCACUCGCUCCUUCUAUAAACACAUACUUGGUGUGAAGGUGACCUAUCAUGACAUUGAGGCGGUAGAUCCUGAUUACUACAAGAAUUUGAAGUGGCUGUUAGAGAAUGAUGUGAACGACAUACUCGACCUUACGUUUAGUAUGGACGCAGAUGAGGAGAAACACAUUCUUUACGAAAAGACUGAGGUGACGGACUAUGAGCUUAAACCUGGAGGACGAAACAUACGGGUAAACGAAGAAACAAAACAUGAAUAUGUUGACCUUGUGGCCGGGCACAUACUUACCAAUGCUAUUCGGCCUCAAAUCAACGCAUUCCUCGAAGGCUUUAAUGAGCUGAUACCUCGUGACCUCGUAUCCAUUUUCAACGAUAAAGAGCUCGAGCUCCUAAUCAGUGGAUUGCCUGAGAUUGAUUGUUCCAUUGGAAGGUUUCAAGGCACUGCAAGGCAUUUCUGGCCCUCAAAGAUUACAAAUCCACAAAGCGUAUGGAGCUCCGGAGCGGCUCCCGUCAGCUCAUACAUGGUUUUCCAAUUUCAUUCUUUCGUCGUAAUGUUUGCAUACAAAUCUCACGAUUUCUUUGGUUUCGUGGCAGAUGUCAAAGAUUUUCAGGCAGGAUGA